AUGACAUCGAUCUACAAGUCUAGUGAACCGACGAUUUCAACCUUCAACACACCAUACUACAAGCCGCAAUUGGUUGAAGGUGUCGAGUCUGUGCUGGUGAUUGGAUCUGGUGGGUUAUCGAUCGGUCAGGCCGGUGAAUUUGAUUACAGUGGUUCGCAAGCGAUCAAAGCAUUGAAAGAGGCCAAAAAGAAAACCAUUCUGAUCAAUCCUAACAUUGCCACAAACCAGACGUCUCACUCUCUGGCUGACAAGAUUUACUAUCUGCCUGUUACACCUGAAUACAUCACGUAUAUUAUCGAACGUGAAAGACCAGAUGCUAUCCUGCUUACCUUUGGUGGCCAAACAGGUCUAAAUUGCGGUGUAGCACUUGAUAAAAUGGGAGUUCUAAAAAAAUACAACAUAAAGGUUCUGGGAACCCCAAUUAAGACUUUGGAGAUGACCGAAGACAGAGAUCUGUUCGCACAAGCGUUGACCGAAAUUAAUAUUCCAAUUGCUACAUCCUUUGCAUGUGAGACCAUUGACGAUGCGCUGAAGGCGGCCGAUGAAGUCGGAUACCCAGUUAUUGUUAGAUCUGCCUAUGCUUUAGGUGGUUUGGGCUCUGGGUUCUCGAAUAACGGAGAUGAAUUAAGAGAAUUGGCUGCUCAAUCUUUGUCGUUAUCCCCACAAAUAUUGGUUGAGAAAUCCCUAAAGGGCUGGAAGGAGGUUGAAUACGAAGUGGUUAGAGAUAGAGUUGAUAACUGUAUUACUGUAUGUAAUAUGGAGAAUUUGGAUCCACUGGGUAUCCAUACCGGUGAUUCAAUUGUUUUUGCACCUUCACAAACACUGUCGGACGAAGAGUACCAUAUGUUGAGAUCUGCUGCUAUCAAAAUCAUUAGACAUUUAGGAGUGAUUGGUGAAUGUAAUGUCCAAUACGCUUUACAACCCGAUGGUCUAGAUUAUAGGGUAAUUGAAGUUAACGCUCGUUUAUCUCGUUCCUCUGCCCUCGCCUCAAAGGCAACAGGUUACCCAUUAGCUUAUACCGCUGCCAAGAUUGGUUUAGGCUACACUCUACCCGAAUUGCCAAACCCCAUAACAAAGACCACGGUUGCUAAUUUCGAGCCAUCAUUAGACUAUAUUGUGGCAAAAAUUCCAAAAUGGGACUUAUCGAAGUUUCAAUACGUGAACAGAGAUAUUGGGUCUGCAAUGAAAUCUGUUGGUGAGGUUAUGGCCAUUGGUAGAAACUUCGAAGAAGCUUAUCAAAAGGCCUUGAGACAAGUAGACCCAUCUUUCCUCGGUUUCCAAGGUUCAAAUGAAUUUGGUGAUAAACUGGACGAAGCAUUAGCUUCUGCUACGGAUAGAAGAGCUUUAGCCGUUGGCCAAGCUCUCUUGCACGAAAAUUACACUAUUGAAAGGGUUCACGAGCUAACAAAGAUUGACUCAUGGUUUUUGCAAAAAUGCAUGAACAUUGUUAGAAUGUACAAGCAACUUGAAGCUGUCAAUUCUUUGGAUGCAUUAGAGAAAGAUUUAUUGCGCAAUGCAAAAAAAUUGGGGUUCUCUGAUAAACAAAUUGCAAUCUCAAUCAGUAAGGACUCUAAAACGGUUGGGGAGUUAGAAGUUAGAAAAUUGAGGAAAUCGUUUGAUAUUAUCCCAUUCGUAAAAAGGAUCGAUACUUUGGCAGCUGAGUUCCCUGCAAAUACCAAUUAUCUAUAUACCACUUACAAUGCUAUUAAAAGCGAUGUUGAAUUUGAUGAUAACGGUAUGCUUGUUUUGGGAUCAGGUGUCUACCGUAUCGGAUCAUCCGUGGAAUUCGACUGGUGUGCUGUCAAUACAGCCAAGACUUUGAGAGAACAAGGAAAGAAAACUGUUAUGAUUAACUACAACCCCGAAACUGUCUCAACCGACUUCGAUGAGGUUGAUAGAUUAUACUUCGAGGAACUGUCCUUUGAAAGAGUUAUGGAUAUUUAUGAGCUAGAAAACUCCGAGGGUUGUGUUAUUUCUGUUGGUGGUCAACUACCACAGAAUAUCGCAUUAAAGCUGUAUGAAAAUGGUUGUAACACUUUAGGUACUAAUCCAAAUGAUAUUGAUAAUGCGGAGAAUAGACACAAAUUCUCUUCUAUUUUGGAUUCCAUAAAUGUUGGUCAACCAGAUUGGACUGAAGUAACCUCCAUUGAGGAAGCAAAAUUGUUUUCUCGUAGAGUUACCUAUCCAGUCUUAGUUCGUCCUUCAUAUGUUCUUUCCGGUGCCGCUAUGAGUGUUGUCAACAGUGAACACGAGUUGGAAGACAAACUGACCCUUGCAUCUGACGUUUCGCCAGACCACCCUGUUGUGUUGUCCAAAUUCAUCGAAGGCGCUGAAGAAAUUGAUGUUGAUGCUGUUGCAUACAAUGGUCAAGUUCUUGUUCAUGCCAUUUCAGAGCAUGUCGAAAACGCCGGAGUUCAUUCCGGAGAUGCAACCUUAAUCCUACCGCCUCAAACAUUGAGCGAAGAGACCAAGGCUGCAUUAAAAGAUAUUGCUCAUAGAGUUGCACACGCCUGGAAAAUUACCGGCCCAUUCAAUAUGCAAGUCAUCAAGGAUGGCGAUAAAUUGAAAGUUAUUGAAUGUAACAUCAGAGCCUCCAGAUCCUUUCCAUUUGUUUCGAAAGUUUUGGGCGUCAAUUUCAUCGAAAUUGCUGUUAAAGCAUGCUUGGGCGGUGAUAAAGUUCCCGAGCCUGUUGAUUUAAUGGCUAAAAAAUACAACUACGUUGCAACUAAAGUACCACAGUUCUCAUUUACAAGACUGGCUGGUGCAGAUCCAUACCUCGGCGUUGAAAUGGCUUCGACUGGUGAAGUUGCAUCGUUUGGUACAAAUGCUCUAGAGAGUUACUGGACAGCAAUUCAAAGUACAUUGAAUUUCCAUGUGCCAUUGCCUCCUAGCGGUAUUUUGUUUGGUGGAGAUGUGAAGAAAGACUUCUUGGGUGAAGUUAUCAAAUCUGUCUCUAACCUAGGAUUCAACUUCUACGUAGCCAAUGAGGAGGUCAAGAAGUACCUACAAAGCUAUACUGAUGAAAACAUCUCAGUGAUCGAAUUUCCAAAAAACGAUAAGAGAAAGUUGCGUGAAGUUUUUCAAAAAUACGAUAUCAAGGCUGUAUUCAAUCUAGCUGCCAAGAGAGCCGAAAACACUUUGGAUGAGGAUUAUGUUAUGAGAAGGAACGCCAUUGAUUUCGCAAUCCCACUGUUCAACGAACCACAAACAGCUAUUUUAUUUGCCAAAUCAUUGAAAGCAAAACUAGCCGAAAAGAUCAAAAUUUUGGAAUCAAAUGACGUAAUAGUCCCUGAAGAGGUCCGUUCUUGGGAAGAGUAUGUUGGCUUCAGACCAGUGUAA